AUGGCCACAGCACAUAAUACAGUUGCAUGGUAUCGAUCAACCCUAGAACAGCUACCUGCAUCAACCCUUAAACUGUUCCUACAAUACACAGGCUUGAAAUCCGAAGACGAAGUCAAAGACCACAUAUACAAAAUCCGCGACAAGGCAUGGCAGGUCCUCUCCCCAAUCUACACGCAGGUAGUAGACCGCGUACGCGAGGGACAGACCCUACUCGAUCUAGGCUGCUGUUUCGGCCAAGACCUACGCAAGAUAUCAUUUGAUGCGGGACUAUCUUCAGCGACAAACCUGAUCGGAGCUGAUAUCAAGGGUGAUUUUAUUCAAUUGGGGUAUGAACUAUUCCGGGACGAAGAUUCCUUUUCUGCGCAAUUUGUCACUGGGAGCAUCUUCGACGAAGACUUCUUGGCUGAUCGACGUGGGUCUGUUGAUUUGAUUCACUUGGGGAACUUUCUGCAUCUGUUUGGCUUUGAGGAGCAGCGGGCUAUCGUUGCUCGGCUUGAGAAACUUCUUACUCCUAGGGCUGGUUCUAUAGUUUUUGGACGUAAUAUUAGCGCUGAGCAGGGAGGUCCGUUUUUUAUGGAGAGUCUUGGCUGGAAUAUGUAUCGGCAUAGUGAUCAGACGAUCAAGGAUCUGUGGAACACUGUUGAUGUUGAGUUGUGGGAGGUGCAUAGUCAAUUGUCCGGGUAUGAAACUGCGGCGACUUUGGGGGAGAGGUUUGGGGAUUGGCAGGGUGAUGAUACUAAACAGAUGUCAUUCUGGGUUGUUAGGAUGGAUGGUUGA